ACUUUUUAUAGCGUUUCUACGAUUGCCAACAGAUUUUUUGUACAUCAAUUUUCUCUUCCCCUUCUUCUUUUAACACCUCUCCGUCUUUCGAAGCUUUCUGAUUGCCUCAAAAACUGAGCUUUUGAUGAUACCCUUUGUGCCCACUACGGUGGCCUCGAAUCUCGUUAGAUCUUCGAAAUGCUUCUCAUCUUUCAAGUUCGUACCACCCAAUCCGAGGACGCCAGUGUUUCGAACCACUCUUCAUAGCUCCGCGCGUGGCGACCUUUCAUCUCAAUGCGGUUCCAUGGUGCUUUUUUGGAGGUCGUAUGCAUCCAAGACCGAUCCUUUUCGGAAUGCAGUCGAAAUGCAGUUAGAUCAUCAGUUAAAGUUCAAUGACCUGGAAGCGACCGGGAUGCCUGGAUUUUUGGAUGAGAACGUCAUUUCGCCAAACAAGGAUGUGCAAUAUUUGAAUGAUCUGUAUAAGGCUGUAGAUCGAAAUAAAAUAAAAAAAGCUGAAGAACUAUUUCGACAAUAUGAUAUUGAAGAUCUAUCCUUGCCGAAAGGGUAUUCGUUAGUCGUUCCAUACAACGUGAUGCUGAGGCUGUACAGUCGAAAUAAAGAGGUGGAUAAGUUCGAAGAGCUGUUGAAAGAGAUGUCUCGUAAGGGUAUUGAGCCUAAUAUGUUCACGUACAAUGCGCGUCUUAAGUUAUACUCUAGCACUCUGGAAUACGAGAAAAUGCAAGAUUUGUUCGACAAGAUGCUCCAGUGCUUCGAUUGUGUUGAUGCAGUGUCCUAUAACAUUCUCAUUGCUGCCUAUUCAAAUUUAGGUGCGGAAAAGGUGCCAGUACCCAAGUUUGAGAACCUGUCCGGGUUCGAGGCUGCGCACCAAAUACUCGAUUUGGCCUCGAAGAACCGGAGGAUCAGUGCUUCGACAUAUAAGACGAUGAUUACUCAAUACGUGUAUAACGGCUUAUUAGAGGAUGCUAAAAAAAUAUGGAACGCUGCCUUGAAAAAUCCGCAUAUCCAGAUGAAUUCAUAUUUAUACACGGCUGCAAUUCAGCUUUACACUGAGCUGGGUGACUGGGAAAGUUGUAUGAAAAUUUGGAAUAGAUAUAAAUAUCUUUUGGAGUGGCAUCCUCCUGGUGAUGAAAGGCAUCUUUACAAAAAGUACAUUCAGCGUAUUGAGUAUGGGCCGGAAACAGAAUGUGAAAAGCCGGUUGGACAUUACGUUGCGGUUAAAAAACAGAUUAUGCGUCCGACUAGCUACACUGAGAUCAUUUUACUCAGAUGCUGUUUCAAAUUCAAAGAAUUCGGUCAGAUGUUGAAAAUUUUCGGUGCAUUUCGUUCUGGAUCUGUAUACCCACACGUCACCUCGUGUUCGAUGGCGAUGCAUGCUUACUACGAAAUAGGUGAUAUCGAAUCAGGAAUUAAGAUGUUCAAGCGCUUGUAUAGGAUGAAGGCUUCGUUCAGCUCUCAGUUAUCCCAAAUCUCCAUAAAAACGAUUUUGGUCUCUGAUAAAAUCGAGGAAAACAUCCACUUUCUGAUCGAUCUAUGGAAGUUUCUAUUAAUAAGGUGCAAAUCCUGGGAUUAUUACCAGAUAACCAAGGAACAAGUUGAAGAUUUGUGGUGUCAAACAAUCGAGACUGCUCUAAAGCAUGAUCUGGCAAGCUUCUCCAUGCAAAUUUUUCAUGUUCUUUUCAUUUUUUCUGAAAUCGCUCCUUCUGACCCAGACAAUUUGAUUGAAUUGCAAGAAAAAAUCUAUAAAAAGAAGGAUUUUUUGCUGAGGGAAAAAGAAGCCAUCUUUUUAGAUAUUUCAAAGAUUUCAGAUCCUGAAAAAGAUCUGCUUUUCGUCCCAAGUUUGAAAUCUCUGAUUCUCAUCCUAAGAGCCGGACCAAAAUUGUCGCCUGCACCUCACUUCAGACAGAUCAUUGCGACUAAAAUUAACUUGCUGAGACUCAAGCUUGGUCACGAUGCAUCUAUAGACUUUAUGAGCGCCUACUUGGCCUGCCUAGAUCAAAACAAGUCAAAUCCUUUGAGCAAUCCCGUCAUCGAAAAAAUUAAGUCAGUUGUUGAAAAGAACCAAGACUCCAAAACAAAAUUGGCCGACGCUAUUAUCUCGUCUCACUAUACAUAAAAACCCUUGCCUCUUUUCUCUGAAAUGAAGUUGUCCUCGCAGUAAUAGGAGAGCCGGCUUACAUACGGUAUAGAGUUGAAUAGUGAAAAGCCCAGCGCAAUGAUGUAUGUGUCUUGUUAUUGACAGCUGGGAGGGUAUAGAUGCGUUAUAUCUGCUGAUUGGUGGGGAGUAGAGGUUUUUAGAUAUGCUUGUGAAUUGGCAGAAAAUAGAGAAGUAAGCAGUUUUUGCUCAUAGGAGGGUGGGAGCUGGUGGCGUCUAUCUAGGAAAUAAAUUGAGGGGCAAAAAAAAAGCAUAUUACGUGGUUUGAACUUUAGGAUUUCAAUCGAA